GAGAGCAGAGAGGAUUUCAGAGCUCAGUGCUUUAUAUUUCACUCGUGUCCUGGGAAACUGUAUGGAGUAGAGCGUGUCAGGUCCACUGUCCAGUUCUGUGUGAAGAGGACAUCAGGAUGGACCCUCAAAACUUCAGCAGUGAAGAAGGACUCCCUGACUCAGAAGCAGAGCCCAGCUGUGUGUCUAUGAAGAGCAACCACUCGAAGUUUGAGUCUCCUGAUUUCAGUAAUGAAAGAAGCAGUGCUGACUUCAGAGCAGAGCCCAGCUGUGUGUCUAUGAAGAGCAACCACUCGAAGUUUGAGUCUCCUGAUUUCAGUAAUGAAAGAAGCAGUGCUGACUUCAGAGCAGAGCCCAGCUGUGUGUCUAUGAAGAGCAACCACUCGAAGUUUGAGUCUCCUGAUUUCAGUAAUGAAAGAAGCAGUGCUGACUUCAGCUGUGGAAGGGAUGUGCGAUUCCAGGAUCAGUCCAGGUGUGGAGUGUGUGAGCAGAUUCAGACAGAUCCAGUCUCUAUCACCUGUGGACACACGUUCUGUAGGCAGUGCAUUAACAGAUACUGGGACCAGUCUGCUCCAUCAGGAGACUUUGCUUGUCCCCGGUGCAAAAAGAGAUCUAAAACACGUCCAGUUCUGUAUCCACUUAUGGAGGAGCCCAUGAAGCAGCAUUACUGUCCACCAGUGAAUGAUGACUUACCCACAGUCUUAGAGAAACACAGAAUCAGUAUGAAGAACAGGUACGAGAGCUUAUUCGAGGGAUUCAAAACACAGGAGAAUAAAAUUCUGCUGAACAGGAUUUACACUCAGCUCUACAUCAUAGAGGGAGAGAGUGAAGGAGUGAAUGAAGAACAUGAAGUUCUACAGAUGGAGAAAGAACUCUGGAAACAGCUGCAAGAAAUACCCAUUAACUGUUUAGAUAUAUUUAAACCCGUUGAGGGAACUUUAGGUGGAAUGGGAGCAGAGAACACUAGAGCUUGGAUGGAUGAAGAAAGAAAAGAAGAUGAAGGUAAAGAAGUGCAGAAACUCAGAACUGUGCUGACUAAAGGCAUUGCUGGCAUUGGAAAAACUGUGUCUGUGCAGAAGUUCAUUCUGGACUGGGCUGAAGGAAAAGCCAAUCAGGACGUAGAUUUCAUGUUUGUGCUUCCAUUCCGAGAGCUGAACCUGAUUAAAGGUGAUCAGUACAGUCUUCAUAGACUUCUGUGUGACUUCCACCCUGAGAUCAAAGACCUGCACCCGAAGAUCUAUGACCAGUACAAAGCCGUGUUCAUCUUUGAUGGUCUGGAUGAAAGCAGAAUUCCACUGAACUUCUCAGACUGUGAGAAAGUAUCUGAGAUAACGAUGACAUCAUCAGUGGAUGUGUUGAUGACAAACCUCAUCAAAGGAGAACUGCUUCCCUCUGCUCUCAUCUGGAUCACCUCCCGACCAGCAGCAGCCAAUCAGAUCCCAGCUCAGUUCAUCAGCCGUGUGACAGAAAUCCAGGGAUUUAACGACUCCCAGAAGGAGGAGUACUUCAGGAAGAGAAUCAGUGACCAAGAACAAGCUAGCAGCAUCAUCUCACACAUCAGGACGAUACGGAGCCUCCACAUCAUGUGCCACAUUCCAGUCUUCUGCUGGAUCUCAGCCACUGUGCUUCAGAGAAUCAUGAAACAAGGUAAUACAGAAAUCCCUAAAACACUGACUGAGAUGUACUCCCACUUCCUGUGCACUCAGACACUCAUGAAGAGAGAGAAGUACGAGGGAAAAGACCAGAGAGAUCUAAUGGAACUGCUGGAGUCCAACAGAAAGAUGCUUCUGAAACUGUCUGCUCUGGCUUUCAGACAGCUGAUGAAGGGCAAUGUGAUGUUCUAUGAAGAGGACCUGAGAGAGUGCGGCAUUGAUGUCACCGAGGCCUCUGUGUACUCUGGCAUUUGCACCGAGAUCUUUAGGGAGGAGUGUGUGCUUUACCAGAGGAAGGUCUACUGCUUUGUUCAUCUGAGCUUUCAGGAGUUCCUGGCUGCUCUCUAUGUGUUUCACUGCUAUGCGAAUAAGAACCUGGAGGAACUGCAGUUUCUGAAGCCUAGGGGUGGUAAGUGGAAAGACAGUGUUCUGUUGGAAGAGCUGCUGAGAGGAGCUGUGCGUAAAGCUGUAAAGAGUGAGAAUGGACACUUGGAUCUGUUUCUCCGUUUCCUGCUGGGAAUCUCACUGGAAUCCAGUCAGCAGCUCCUACAAAACCUUCUGACACAAACAGUGAGCAGCUCAGAGAGCAUCAAAAAAACAGUCCAGUACAUCAAACGCAUCAUCCAAUCAGAAGAUCUUCCUUCUGAGAGAUUCAUCAACCUGUUCCUCUGUCUGACUGAAAUGAAAGUCCAGUCUUUCUCCAAAGACAUUCAGUCAAAAAAGAAGCUCUCCACCGGAGAGUGUUUAGCACUAGCCCAUAUGAUCCUGAUCUCAGAGGAGGUGCUGGACGAGUUCAACCUGAAGAAUUACUCAACAACUGAGAAGGGCUACAGGAGACUGAUCCCAGCUGUGAGGAACUGCAGAAAGGCUGUAUUAACAGGAUGUAAACUCACCAUGAAUUCCUGUGAAACUCUCUGCACUGCUCUGAAAUCAGUAAACUCACCACUGAAAGAACUGGAUCUCAGUAAGACUAAGCUGCAGGAGUCAGAAGUGGAGCUAAUCUCUGAUGGGCUGAAGAGUUCAAACUGUAAACUGGAGAUACUCAGACUAUCUGGUUGUAAAAUCAACAUGAAUUCCUAUGAAACUCUCUGCUCUACUCUGAAGUCAAUAAAAUCAGCAGUGAAGGAACUGGACCUCAAUAACACUGAGCUGCAGGAUUCAGGAGUGAAGUUAAUCUCUGAUGGACUGAAGAAAUCAAACUAUAAAGUGGAGAUACUCGGAUUACCUGGUUGUAAACUUAUCCUGGCCUCCUAUGAAACUCUCUGUACUGCUCUGAAAUCAGCAAACUCACCACUGACAGAACUGGAUCUCAGUAAGACUAAGCUGCAGGAGUCAGAAGUGGAGCUAAUCUCUGAUGGGCUGAAGAGUUCAAACUGUAAACUGGAGAAACUCAGACUAUCUGGUUGUAAAAUCACCAUGAAUUCGUAUGAAACUCUCUGCUCUACUCUGAAAUCAAUAAAAUCAGCAGUGAAGAAACUGGACCUCAAUAACACUGAGCUGCAGGAUUCAGGAGUGAAGCUAAUCUCUGAUGGACUGAAGAAAUCAAACUGUAAAGUGGAGAUACCCGGAUUACCUGGUUGUAAACUCGUCAUGAAUUCCUGUAAAUCUCUCUGCUCAGCUCUGAAAUUAGUAAACUCACCACUGAAAGAACUGGAUCUCAGUAACACUAAGCUGCAGGAUUCAGAAGUGGAGCUAAUCUCUGAUGGACUGAGGAGUUCAAACUGUAAUCUGGAGAUACUCAGACUGGCUUUAUGUAAUCUUGGAGAACAGUCUUGUGAGUAUUUGGGAUCAGUUUUACAGUCAGAAAACUCCUCCCUGAAAGAGCUGGACCUCACUAACAAUGACCUUCAGGAUUCAGGAGUGGAGCUGCUCUCUGCUGGGUUGAAGAGUUCACACUGUAAACUGGAGAUUCUCAGAUUGUCUGGUUGUUUGGUCACAGAGGAAGGAUGUCCUUCUCUGGCUUCAGCUCUAAAUCCAUCACACCUGAAAGAACUGGAUCUGACCUACAACCACCCAGGAGAGUCAGGAGUGAAUCUGCUCUCUGCUCUACUGGAGGAUCCACACUGCAGCCUGGAGACUCUCAGGUUGGAAUAUGCAGGUGAAACCUGGAUGAAAUCAGGAUUUAAAAAAUACGGCUGUGAUCUCACACUGGAUCCAAACACAGCACACAGAUCUCUCUCUCUGAGUGAAGAGAACAGGAGGGUGGAGUUUGGAGGAGGGCAGCAGCCGUAUCCUGAUCAUCCAGAGAGAUUUGAUUGGUGUGAGCAGGUUCUGAGUAGAGAGAGAGUUACUGGACGCUGUUACUGGGAGGCUGAGUGGAGCGGAGGAGGAGGAGCUGAUGUAGCUCUGAGUUAUAAAACCAUCAGCAGGAAAGGAUCAGGUUCAGACUCUCAGUUUGGAGGGAAUGAAAAGUCCUGGAGUCUGGAGAGCUAUAAUAACAGUUACUCUGUUCAUCACAAUAAUAACAGAACUGCUCUCCCUCCUCCUCCCUCUCCCUCUAACAGAGUAGGAGUGUAUGUGGACUGUCCCGCCGGCACUCUGUCCUUCUACACCAUCUCCUCUCAUACACACACACACUCACACACACCCUCACACACCCAAACACUCACACACCUACACACAUUCUACACCACAUUCACUGAACCGCUCUAUGCUGGGGUCAGACUUAUUUAUUAUCCUGGCUCCUCAGUGCGUCUGUGUGAUAUAGAAUAGUGUGUGUGUUUGUGUGAGAGAGAGAGUGUGUGCGUGUGUGUGUUUGUGUGAGCGUAUGUGUGAGCAAGAGAGAGAGUGUGUGUGUGAGAAAGAGCAAGAAAGUGUGUGUGUGAGCAAGAGACAGAGAGUGAGACAGUAAGUGUGUGUGUGUGUGUGUCAGCAAGAGUGUGUGUGCGCAUGUGUGUAUGUUUGAGCAAGAGCGAGAGUGUGUUUGUGCGCACACGCAUGUGUGUGUAUAAAAGAGUGUCUGUGUGUGUGUGUAAGAGUGUGUGUGUGUGUGAGCAAGAGCGAGAGUGUGUUUGUGCGCACACGCAUGUGUGUGUAUAAAAGAGUGUCUGUGUGUGUAUAUAAGUGUGUGUGUGUGUGUGUGUGUGAGCAAGAGUGAGAGAGUGUGUAAAGUUACUGUUUUAUUAAUAUGAAUAAAUAUGAUUUAUAUAUACUGUAUGUUUGUGUUGAUCGAUUGCUGAAAUAUUUGAAAAUGUCUGAAGUUAAUUAAAUUAUGAUGUUAUAUUUGAAUAUGUCUGAAAUAAAUGUGGUAUAAAGAGGAA